AUGAAUAGCCCAGAAAUAACGGAGCCGGUGGAAACCAAUGAUGUGAUUGCGGUUGGCACCAGUAGAAGAAAUACGGAGUUGAAUCCUGAAGAUAUUUCAAGUGCUGCACAACGUUAUAUUGCUGCGUGCAACAAGAACGUCAUUUCAAUUGCAUUGGAAUACGCUCAGCGAAAGAAGUUUGAAUUCAAACUGGAAAUCGUUCAAAAUUAUGCAAAUAGGUUUCAAUGUUCAACAGUUAUUGACGAUAUCAAAUUCAGUGGUCUUUGGUGUUCCUCGAAGCAAAAAGCCAAAGUAUCAUGUUGUCGAAUUGUAAUCGAUCAUUUGGUUACGGUGAAUUUUUUGAAUAUCCGAUCGCAGCAGUACAUUUGGGAAAGUGGCAAAAAUGUGAUAUCUCUGGUGCAUGAAUACGCAGAUCGAAUGGGAUUAGAAAAGAGAUUCUUUGAAACAAGUUCACUAAGCGGAUUUCAAUAUUCCUUCACGAUCGGUGAAUCGAAAUUAACUGGUUUGCAGUGCUCCUCGAAACGUGCUGCAAAAGUGUCGUGUUGUCGUGUCGUUAUCGACUACUUGAUAAAGGUGAAGUUUAUUCGUUAUGUUCGAAAUAAAAAAAUCCAUAUCGGAGCUACAUGUGAGGAUGGUAUUGAAAUAAAGAAUAGUAUUUUUGAAUAUAUGCAAUGGACAGUUUACUCAACUGUGAAUCGUGAGUGUUUUCUUCAUCCUCAAAUUCAAGGAUCUGAAAAGGUAAUAGCUGGUAUAUUCAUGUUGGAUAUGAACAAAAACAAAUGUUAUUUGAUCUCUUGGGCGACAGGUAAUAAAUGUGUAAAUGGUGAGGCUUUAUCAACGAGGGGCGAAACGGUUAAUGAUUCACAUGCUGAGAUUCUUAGUCGUCGUGGUUUACUGAGAUUUCUGUAUAAACAAGUCGAAGUGUAUCUGUUAGAUGAACAGAAGUCAAUAUUCAAAAUCGAAAAUGGCACGCUCUCGUUAAGACCGUCGCUUUCGUUCCAUCUUUACGUGAACACGGCGCCUUGUGGUGAUGGACGCGUUUUUUCAUUCGCAUCGGAGGACUUUGGGAAUGGUUCAUUACAUCGGCCAAUAUUCGACAAACACAAAGGCACUUUACGGACGAAAAUUGAAUUUGGUGAGGGUACCGUACCAAUUCCGUCCGAAAUUCGUCUACAAACAAUGGACGGUAUUUAUGGUGGUGAGCGAUUGAGAACAAUGUCGUGUAGUGAUAAAAUCCUCAAGUGGAACGCGCUUGGACUGCAGGGUUGCCUUCUAACGGCGUUUAUGCGUCCAAUCUAUUUGCGUUCGCUGACCAUAAAUCAGUUGUUUCAUUAUGGACAUUUAUCACGUUCGAUAUGCUGCCGAUUGGAUGCUCAAAAGCUGAAGUUGUCCGAACCAUUCACUGUGAAUCAUCCGUAUUUGGCCAGUUGCGGAAAGAUGCCUUCUGAUCGUAAAAUAAGGAAAAAUACGUUGUUGGCAGCGAAUUGGAAUUUGAGCGAUGAUAGUGUUGAGAUUAUAAACUCACGAACAGGAAGAAUCCAUCCGUCGGGCGACAUUUCACGAUUGUGCAAACGUUCAAUGUACGAAUGUUUUGUCGGAAUUGAGCAAAAAGUUCGAACUAAGAAAUCGAGAACUCCAUCGAAUGAGACGUAUUUGCGGAAGAAAGAACGAUGUCACCAAUACAUGACUGCCAGAGAUCGCUUUUUCAUUGCGUUGAAAGAGAGUGGAUACGGAUGUUGGCUGCAGAAACCGGAUGAGGAGAAAAUGUUCAGAUUGGGCGAUUAA